UAUAAAAUUACUUAUGUUUGAAACAAUUUAAAUGUACAGCUAUAGUUCAGUACUGAUGGAAUCUGAGAACAUUUGUAUGAGAGAGAAACGUGAAUGUAAACUAUGUGGUAAAUCCUUCAGCCGAAACACUAGUCUUAUUCAACAUCAAAGAAUACAUACUGGAGAGAAGACUUAUGAGUGUAAUGAAUGUGGGAAAGCUUUUAGUCAGAGCACUAAUCUUAUUCAACACCAAAGAGUCCAUACUGGGGAGAAACCUUAUAAGUGUAAUGAAUGUGAAAAAGCCUUUAGUCACAGAUCAUCCCUUAAAAAUCACAAGAGAAUACAUACUGGAGAAAAGCCCUAUCCUUGUAAAGAAUGUGGGAAGGCUUUCGGCCAUAUUUCAGCCCUUAUUCAGCAUCACAGAAUUCACACUGGAAAGAAACCAUAUGUAUGUGUCGAAUGUGGGAAAACCUUCAGUCGGAGCACACAUCUUAUUGAACAUCAAGGAAUUCAUUCUGGGGGGAAAUCCUACCAGUGUAAGAAAUGUAGGAAAGUUUUUUAUCACAGCACAUCACUAAUCCGACACCAGAGAACUCACACAGGAGAAAAACCCUACAAAUGUAAUGAAUGUGGAAAAGCCUUCAGCCAUACUCCAGCCUUCAUUCAGCAUCAGAGGAUUCAUACUGGGGAGAAACCCUAUGAGUGUAAUGAAUGUGGGAAAGCUUUUAGUCAGAGCACUAAUCUUAUUCAACAUCAAAGAGUCCAUACUGGGGAGAAACCUUAUAAGUGUAAUGAAUGUGAAAAAGCCUUUAGUCACAGAUCAUCCCUUAAAAAUCAUGAGAGAAUACAUACUGGAGAAAAACCCUAUCCUUGUAAUGAAUGUGGGAAAGCUUUCAGCCAUAUUUCAGCCCUUAUUCAACAUCACAGAAUUCACACUGGAAAGAAACCAUAUGUAUGUGUCGAAUGUGGGAAAACCUUCAGUUGGAGCACACAUCUUAUUGAACAUCAAGGAAUUCAUUCUGGGGAGAAAUCCUACCAGUGUAAGGACUGUAGGAAAGUUUUUUGCCACAGCACAUCACUAACCCGACAUCGAAGAACUCACACAGGAGAAAAACCCUACAAAUGUAAUGAAUGUGGAAAAGCCUUCAGCCAUACUCCAGCCUUCAUUCAACAUCAGAGAAUUCAUACUAGAGAGAAACCCUUUGAGUGUAAUGAAUGUGGAAAGGCCUUUAAUCGGAGUGCACAUCUUACUGAACACCGGAGAACUCAUACUGGAGAGAAACCUUAUGUUUGUAAGGAAUGUGGAAAAACUUUCAGCCGAAGUACACACCUUACUGAACAUCUAACAAUACAUUCUGGUGAGAAACCCUAUCAAUGUAAUGAAUGUCAAAAACAAUUUUGCUAUAGAACAUCACUAAUUCGACAUCAGAGAAACCAUACAGAAGAGAAACCCUAUCAAUGUGAUGAAUGUGGGAAAUCCUUUAGCUUACGCUCAGCCCUUUCCAAACAUAAGCAGACUCAUAGAACAGAGAAGCCUUAUCAGAGUAAUGAAUAUGGGAAAGCCUGCAGCCAUAGGCCAUCAUUUAUCCCUGAGCACUCACAAUAGUAAAAAGACAAAAACCAAAACUCUAGGAUUAUUGUAGAAGAAAAACCUUAGGUAAAAUAUUCAUUCAGUGUUUGUACUGAGAAGAAACACUGUUCUUGUAAUUCAUCUGAAUAAUGUGCCAUCAUUGAGAUCAAAACUUAUAAUGGAAAUGCCUCCAAAACUGGUUUGUUUUUAU